CGCACACGCACACACACACACACAGACACACACACACGCACACACACAGAUACGCCACUUAGUGCAUUCGAAAAGGAGACAGAGCCCCGGCACGAAGGCUGUUCCUCAAUGGGAGCAGUGGGAUCCGCCGUUAGACGAGGGCUCAUUCCCGUCGGCAGGUGAACAAGGAGAGACAGACUUCUCCACGGUUUCCUCCCGGAUCCACUCUGCAGAGGGGGCGCCGGAGGUCUGAGAUUGAUCUAAAAAAGGUGAAACUGACGCGGGGUUUUUUUAGCCUUUCAAAUCCCGGCUAGUUUUCUGAGGCACUCAGCCUCAGCUCAGAAAAUUCAGUGUGUGCACUGCCAGGAUCAGAGACAGGCUGAGCAGGGGGGCACAGGGAGACUAAAGAGUUUUUUAUACCUGGACAAGGAACUUGUGGGAUUCUUGCCUGCAACACAAUGAAUGGAUUUAAGACAAUGUGUUAAAUAAUUUGGAUGCACUCUACUGGCUUUCUCACUGCUGGCUGGAUUAUCCAGAUAUUCCCGGCGAUGUCCUGGUUGUUGUGCCUGGGCUUUAGCAUGAGUGCCAUGCUGCUGUGCCAGGCCAGUCUGUAUGAUACUCUUCAGCAGCACCGCGUGGCCCGACCUGGGAUGAGCACCAUUCAGAUCCUUGAGGGGGGAACCUGUGAGGUCAUCGCAGCUCACAGAUGCUGUAACAAAAAUCGAAUUGAGGAGCGCUCCCAGACAGUGAAGUGCUCGUGCCUGCCAGGAAAAGUGGCUGGGACGACAAGGAACAAGCCUUCUUGUGUUGACGCAUCCAUUGUCAUUGGGAAAUGGUGGUGUGAGAUGGAACCUUGUUUGGAGGGAGAGGAGUGCAAGACACUUCCGGACAACUCUGGCUGGAUGUGCUCUUCUGGCAACAAGAUAAAGACCACCAGGCUCACCAAGAACACCCAGCCGUAUUCAUCCUUUUAGCCCUGAAUCUCACUUGUGCAAACACUGCCAGCAUGGAGCCUGGCACCAAAGGAGAAAGGGCCAUCUUUUCCGGAGUCACCACACAAGGGCAGGGCAGGCAUUGUGUUUGUUGGUCAGAAAAAGGGUCCGGAGACUCAAGACACAGACAGAGGCUCAGCCUAGACCCUCUCUCCUCUCCACUGGUCAGAUAGAGCAAUCUUUCAAGUACCUCUUGGUCCCUGAAUUACCACUAAAAUAUAAUUUCCCCUAAUUUACAAGAGGACAAUUACAUAUAAAAAGACAGAAGACAGCAUGUCAUAGGAUUCAUAUAAGAGUAAAUCCAUUAGAUUUUUCCAUAAGGAAUUUUUCUACGACAGAACACCUUUCCUUUCACUUAAAGAAUACUUAUUUAAGCCACCAGCUUAACUUGUGGGACCUGAGCCCUAGGACACUACAGAGGCAUGUUGUAUUAACCGCAAUGUUGUACCGUGGUCUGGGCUUCAUGUGUUCCAUGCUGGAAAGCAAAAGUUAGUCCAUCAAGUUCAGGCAAGCUGCUGCACAUGUUGUAGUCCAACCCAUCUGCUGUUUCCAGAGCAAAAUGACUUGCAAGUAGAGCCAUUGGUCAUGAAGUGUACACUUGUCAAAUAAAGAGCAUACAGAAACUCAUCAAGGUGAAGCAAACAUAUGCUGUAAUAAAGCUAACAGAAAAAAAGGAACAAAUAUGUGUUUCUCAU